AGAGAGAGGGGUCGGGAGCCCCAGGGAGCAAAUAAACCUUCGCGACCGGAAGUGCCUUCCGAGCGCAGGCGGACCCGGAAGUGUGGCAAGACUGCAGCCACACCCGGAAGUGUGAUUCUCCCGCAGCUACGGGAAGUAAUGAUACCUGGCCAAUUGAGAUACGGAGUUAAAACAGGGAUGUUCAGAUGGAGGCCGGAGGAGACAUUGCUGCCCCAGCCCCCGGGGACGCGGAGGACUUGGAGGACACGCGGUUCCCCAGUGAGGAAGCUAGAGAUGGUGGAGGGGUUCAAGAGGACCCGCCCGAUCCUGGAGAUGGAAGCGUGGAGGAAACAGGAUCCGAGACCAAGGACCAGCCACCCAGCCUGCCGCUCCCGUCAGAGGCUCCAUCAUGCCCCUAUGGGUUCUGGGGUCCUGCAGCCUCUGAGAGUUGUCCCAUGGGUGGCCCUGAGAGUGGCUCAGGGGCCCAGGGCGGGGACCCCAGUGACGAGGACUGGCGCAGCAAGAGGAAGCACGUGUUUGUGCUGAGUGAAGCCGGGAAGCCCAUCUACUCUCGGUACGGUAGCGUGGAGGCACUGUCAACAACCAUGGGCGUGAUGACAGCCCUCGUGUCUUUUGUGCAGAGUGCAGGAGAUGCCAUUCGUGCCAUCUAUGCUGAGGACCACAAGCUGGUGUUCCUACAGCAGGGCCCACUGCUGCUGGUGGCAGUGUCAAGGACUCCUCAGUCAGCCGCCCAGCUGCGGGGGGAGCUGCUGGCGGUGCACGCACAGAUCGUGAGCACUCUGACACGCGCCAGCGUGGCCCGCAUCUUCGCGCGCAAGCAGAACUACGACCUGCGCCGCCUGCUGGCCGGCUCCGAGCGCACCCUGGACCGGCUUCUGGACAGUGUGGAGCGAGACCCCGGUGCGCUGCUCCUGGGCGCCGUGCGCUGCGUGCCUCUGGCUCGCCCGCUGCGGGAUGCUCUGGGCGCGCUGCUCCGACGUUGCACAGCUCCUGGCCUGGCGCUCUCGGUGCUGGCGGUUGGCGGUCGCCUGGUGACCGCAGCCCAGGAGCGGACUGUGCUGGCCGAGUGCCGGCUGGACCCAGCUGACCUGCAGUUGCUGCUGGACUGGGUGGGGGCCCCGGCCUUUGCUGCAGGCGAGGCAUGGGCACCGGUGUGCCUGCCCCGCUUCAAUCCCGAUGGUUUCUUCUAUGCCUACGUGGCCCGUCUCGACGCCAUGCCUGUCUGCCUGCUGCUGCUUGGCACCGACCCUGAGGCCUUCCAUGACAUGGCCACCUGCCGGCGCCUGGUUGAAGAUGGCAUGCACUCCCUUGGGGCCAUGCGUGCCCUCCGGGAGGCUGCCAGCUUCUCCGAUGCCCCAUCAGCCAAUGCCUCUGCCUACAGUGUGCAGGCUGUGGGGGCACCUGGCCUCCGGCACUUCCUCUAUAAGCCGCUGGACAUCCCCGACCAUCACCGCCAGCUGCCCCAGUUUACCAGUCCUGAGCUAGAAGCCCCGUACAGCAGAGAGGAAGAGCGCCAGCGCCUGUCGGACCUGUACCACCGCCUGCACGCCCGCCUCCAUAACACCUCCCGGCCUCUGCGCCUCAUUUACCACGUGGCAGAGAAGGAGACGCUGCUGGCCUGGGUGACCUCCAAAUUUGAGUUGUAUACCUGCCUCAGCCCCCUGGUGACCAAGGCGGGUGCCAUCCUCGUAGUGACCAAACUCCUGCGUUGGGUGAAGAAAGAGGAGGAUCGGCUCUUCAUUCGUUACCCACCCAAGUACUCGACACCCCCAGCAGCCCCAGCUGCCUCUACAGACCAAGCUUCCCAUAACGGCUUGUUCACUGGACCUUGAGAGGCAGAGCUCCCAGACUGGGCCGUGUGGGGAACCACCACCUUCGGCUUUUACCUUAUCUCCAAGGAGCAGGGUGUGGGGGUUAGUGGUGGUGGUGUGUCCCCGUCUUCCUGGGCAAUGGAGCAAGAUCCGAAGGGCUGCCCGCAAAUGAUGGGUGGCAGCCUGACUGCACACAGGCGAGAGGCUGCUUCCUCAGCCCCCUCACGCCCUUCCACCUCUGGGAGACUCCUAAGCCUCCCUCUUCCCCUCCCUCUGCCUUGCCUCACCGCAUCCACUUGAUGUUGCAGCCUCUGUCAGGGAAGAAAAACUGCACCUAACGGGCCCCAAACCCACGCCCACAAGGACAUCCCUUUGCCUUUCAUGUACUUCGUUUUUACCCAGUCAAAAACGACCCCAUCAGUGUUGGCUGCAGCUGCUGUGAUGAGAGGUGGCUGAGAUCCAGAAUUUUUACACAGGGACACUUAGCUUCCACAGCUCAUUCUACUCAUGCGUAUCAUGGAGAUAACCUCUCAGAGGCUGUUACAGGAGGAUGUGUGAGAGAGCAGGGACUUGAACCCUUGUAGAACACCACACAGCACAUGCCCGUUUGUGCCAGACUUUCACAACCGGCACAACACAAGCAACCUAGAGAGGGAGACCGCCCCCUGGUUUCUCUGGGGGCGCACAGCCCUUGCUCCGCAACCAUGAAGAUGCUAGCUCAGCCCUUCUCUUCGCGCACCUGAAGUCAGGGGCCUCGUGGGGGAACGUGCGCUGUAAGGUGCACUCUACGCAUGCGCACUAACUGCCACUCAAGCUCAGUGCGGACCACUUCCGGGAGCUGAAACCUUGCGCCGCAACCUGGUCAACCAAUGAGCAGAGGCGCACUGGACGCAUGCGCGCUGUACAACUUUCCCACUGCCCUUCUGUGUGUUUUUGUUUUUUUAAAACCAAUCCUCACCCAAAGCGCAGGCGCACCAGCCUUGCCCUAGAAAUGGCCAUGGCCGGGGAGUUGGAGCAUGUGGACCUGGGGCCGCCAGAAGUCGUGGAGGAGGUUGAGGAGGCUGAAGGUACUGGGGGCACUUGGGCGUCUGGCGGCCAGGGCGGAAGGGAAGGAGCUUUGUCUCCUUAAAAUAAUGAAAUAUUGAUCGCAGUACCGAAAAAAAGUACAAUUGUAAGCCUUUUAUAGAAAAAAAAUGCUGUUUGAAAAAGUGAAGAUAACGUGUUUUCUCACCAUCUAGAUUAACUGUUGGAAGUUUUUUGGCUCUAUUGUUUACAUAUUUUAAAGUAAACAGUAGACUAAACACUUAAGUCUGCAUCCCUUCAAACAGAAAAGGGGUGGAUGUUCUCACAAAAUCCACUCAGCUGCUGCCACAUCUAAGAAAAUUAACGUAAUUCCCUAACCGCAUUUCACACGCAACUCGCAACUCGUAUCACACUUUGCAUGGACUCUUAGAUCUCAGUCGUGAAUGGCCACUCCCACAGGAACCUUCUUUGCUCCAAGGUAUUUUUGUUGAUAUUGAUACACCACACCCCAGUGAGAGGAAAAAUAAAAGUUGGAAAUUACAGUCUAGCCGAAAGAAGAAAAUCUCCCAAGCCAGUGACCCACUGCUAUGCCACUAGAGUUGUGGGGGUCUUUUGUUUUUGUUUCUGUUUUGCUUUUUAGGGCUGCACCUUCCACAUAUGGAAGUUCCUAGGCUAGGGGUUAAUUGGAACUUCACCUGCUGGCCUACGCUAGAGCCACAGCAACGCCAGAUCUCAGCCACGUGUGUGACCUUCACCACAGCUCAUGGCAACACUGGAUCCUUAACCCACUGAGGGAGGCCAGGGAUUGAACCUGCGUUCUCAUGGAUACUAGUCAAGUUUGUUUCCACUGAGUCACAAUGGGUACUCCCUAACAUUGUUAAUUUUAGAAAAUUUCAGAAUAUACCAAAGCACAGAAAAGAGCAUGAUGAAUGCCCAUGUACCCAUCACUCUGCUUCAACAGUUGUUGACUCUGCCCUCCUUUUCUCUCCCUCUGACCCCCCCUACUUCACACUUAUUCAUAAAUGCACUGAAUUGCAUCAUUCCAGAUAAUUAUAGUUAUAUAUUUGUGUAUUGUCUGUCCUAGGAUGUGAGCUUCAGGCGGGCAGAUCAUCGAUUGCCAUUUUCCCAGCACCUAAAACAAUGCCCGGUUGGCAUAUAGUAGAUGCUCAGUAAUUUUCUUUUUUUAUUGUAUGAAUAAUGAGAUAACUAACACUGAGAGCUCUCCUAGAUUAUGGCUUCACAUUAAGUGCCAGCUUUCAACAAGAAAUAAGAAAGAUGCCAAUAGAACUCCUUUAAUAAACUAUACUAUAGGUACCAUUUUGCUGAGAAAGAAAAAAAGAAAAGAAAAACCUUAUUAUCAGUUUUUUUUUUUUUUUUUUAAGAAGUUAUGAUUUACUUCACCAGCAAUGGAGACAAUUGAAAAGCAUAUCAGGUUACCGUUUCUAAACCUUUGAGGAGUUCCCUUCGUGGCUCAGCGGUUAACGAACCCGACUAGGAUCCAUGAGGAUGUAGGUUCGAUCCCUGGCCUUGCUCAGUGGGUUAAGGAUCCAGCAGUGAGCUGUGGUGUAGGUUGCAGAUGCAGCUCAGAUCCCACAUGGCUGUGGCUGUGGUGUAGGCUGGUGGCUACAGCUCCAAUUGGACCCCUAGCCUGGGAACCUCUAUAUGUGGUGGGUAUGGCUUUAAAAUAGCUAAAAAAAUAAUCAUAAUUAAAAUAAAAUAAAUCUUUGAAAUUGGCCUUAGAAAGGAAGGGGUAUCUGCUACUGAUUACUCACAGAACAAACUUAUUUUGCCUCAACAGCAGAAGUGGCUAGGAAAGGCUUUACUAAAGGAAGUUUUGCAGAUUUUUUUUCUUUUUUUCCCAAGCUAGGGUUCAAAUGGGAGCUGCAGCUGCCGGCCUGCACCACAGACAGCCACAGCAACCGCAGCCUCAUGGAUACUAGUCCCGUUCAUUGCUGCUGAGCCAUGAUGGGCACUCCCAUGGCAGAAUACUUUUCACAUCUCAAAUGCUAUUUCAUAUCUUUAGUCACCAUACUUGGUAAUCAGAAUACACAGAUUUGUGAUCCAGGCAUCGGCAUUGGAAUGUUGACCUAAGCAAAACACAGGAGCAGUCCCAGAAGUGGCGAAAUUUAGGUAUAUCCACGCACUUUGAAAUGCCUGUGUAGUGGACAUUUGCUUUUCUUAAGAGGCAGGAAGAAAUAAUUAUUUUACUUUAAUUAGCUAAAAUUAAUUUUAAAAGGCUAAGAUCGGGAUUCAUUGACACAGUACGCUUUAAGAGAUAAUAUUCUUAGGAGAGACCAGCAAGUUGGGGUUAAAGAAAGAGGCAGUUCGACUGUGAUCCUGAAUGUGUUGCACAGAAAAACGUCUGAAGUCUCAGAGGCCCGUCUGGUGACUCUAAACAAGGGACUUGGAUUUGGGGGACUGAGCAGAGGUGGAAGCAUUUUUUAAAAGGAAAAUGUAAGUAGUACGAAAUAACUAAAAAAUAAGAGGAAAAAAUAUUGAAUGGCAUCCGAGGAUCAUACAUGAAUAUUGGUCAGUAUUAACAUCUCGGGAGUUCCCAGGUGGCUCAGCAGGUUCAGAACCUGGUGUUUUCACUGCUGUGGCUCAGGUUCCAUCCCUGGCCUGGGAAUUUUUGUAUGCAGCCAAAAGAAGAAAAAAAUUAACAUCUCGAUUUUGAUGGUUAUCCAGCAGUUACCUGGUAGAGUCCCCUCAUAAAUAGGAACUAUACAUUGGAAUAUUAGUAAAUAAUGGAUCAUGAUGCCUGUGAUUUAUGUGCAGAAAUGUUCAUUAAUUGGAAUUCUGGUACAAGGGCAAAUAGUACUGUGGCCUAUUUCUACAACUUUUAUGUACACCUGAAAUUAUUUCACAAUAAAAUGUUUCAAAGGGG